AUGGUAUCUCUGCACAAAUCGCGUGCACCUGCUUUUACUCAAACUGAAUACAGACUCACCCGUGUGGACAUUUAUAUCAACCCUUGUGAGGAUCCAUGUUUCUUUGGGGAAUUCAUCAAGCUGAAAAGAGGGGUUGUGACCAUUACAAUUCGCACCCGUCUGCGCAGUCCCAGCCUAACUCCAUGUGCAACACCAACCCUGCCCAGUCACUCCAGCUCAUCCAACUCUUACACUGAUGGGCGCACACCCGUCCCAUUAGGCGUGGAAGAUGUUGAAGGCCACAAGGGUCCUGGUCUAGGUCCAAAAGACUGCAUCAUCAUGGAGGUUACUCUUAAAAAAGAACAUGGAGUUGGUCUGGGGAUUGGAGUCUGUUAUCUGAUGCUGGAGAACUCAGCUCCUGGUAUCUAUAUCCACAGCUUAGCUAUUGGGUCCAUUGCCAAGAUUGAUGGAAGGCUCAGUCGUGGAGAUCAGAUUCUGGAGGUGGACUCUGUCAGUCUUCGUCAUGCUGGACUUAGUGAGGCUUACGCUAUCCUCAGUGAAUGUGGACCUGGUCCAGUCAGUCUCAUUAUAAGCAGACAUCCAGAUUCCAAGGUAUCAGAGCAAGAAAUGGAUCAAAUUAUUGCUCAAUCAACCAACAAGGACAAUGUGUUCAGAAACAGAUCAUCCUCUCAUUACCAAGGUCAGUCUUGUAAGAGCCAUCAGGCAGAUGUAAAGUCCAAUAAGGACAGCCCCUCCGCUCUCAGCUGGACCAUGAAGAGGUUCCUUGAGCCUGUCAACAGAGGAUCCCUGAGCUCUGAGACAGAACUAUCCGAGUACUUCCCUCAUGAGAUUCCUGGCCACUCAGUCACAUCUGGGUCUGUUCUGAAGAGCUCAAACAGUGGUCAAGGGCUCCACCAGCUGGAGCUGGGCAGCAGAGCCUCAACAUAUAGCCCACUACAACCACAAACAUGCAGCACCUCUGUGACAGAUAUUUACCACAGCCCUGGAUGCACAAAAUCACACGACAAGACUUCUGUCCCUUUCCAUCAACAUACAGAGCCCCUUUGCCAUGUCCUCACUGCCUCCAGUACCACCUCAGUGCGGAGCCCACUUUUCUGCCAACGGAAGGUCCUAUACUCAGAGGAUGAGUUCAGUGAUAAUGAGGCAGCAGAUAAAGCUGAAAACACUGAACCACUGACCCAGCAACAAAAACCCACACCUUCACACUUACCACAGAUGCCAUCUAACUCCAUACCAAGUGGAGAAGAGGUAGCAACAUGGCUGAUGCCCAUACAGCUCUUUGAAGGGGAAGAUUUCAGAGAUUUUCACACUGUUAUCUUAAAGAAAAAAGAAGAAGAGAUGUUUGGGCUGGACCUGGAAAUUAUGUCAUCCCCUCUCAGAGUUAUGAUUGCUGGUUUAAAGCGUGACAGUGCUGCUGAAUGGGAUGGUGGAACUAAACUCUGCGCUGGUGAUGAGAUUGUGAAAAUUGGAGGUAAACCAGUGAACUCUUCAAGCUACCAGGAAAUAUGCAAACUUAUGCACCAUCUUCCAGUGAUGCUGUCUUUGGAGGUGAGGCGAGCAACUUCAGCUGUAGGACGUCUGUCCAGGCCAUCACCCGGAACAAGUGAUAAAGUUACAAGAUGGAACCCUACACAGUCUGUGCAGGACACACCUGCUAUAGCUACAUGGAGAAACUCAGGAGAAUUUAAGAGUUCAACCCAAACUGGAAGUGAAUUUCAACCAGCCAUCACAAAAAUAAUUGAUGUCUCAUCUGAAGGCAGGAUUUAUUUAGAUAAUUACAAAUUCCCUUGUAAAAUAUUCUCUGACUCAUUUACCUCUGCAGCCCAGCUGGAGGAUGCCAGCAUCUGCGGUCAACAUAAUGUUUCCAAAAAUAUGUGUACAAAAAAAAACAUAGGUGCUUCAGUGAGUGAAUCUGUUCCUGACAACAAUAGGCUGGGAAGUGAAAUGGCUGUUGAGACUACUUCAGAAUCUUUGAGAGAUCCAGAUCAGGCUUUCUCUAAAUUACCAAUAGAUGAAGAGAGCUCUACUGUCACAUGUCUCCACUUUGAGCUUUGUCAAAAAACAGACCCUACCUCUGCAGAGCCAUUAUGCCAUGUAUCUUCCAAGACAGGACAUGGACCAGCUAGAGAGAGCCCCAUGAACUGUACCCAAAUAAACACUUACGUCAAACCAAGAAGCUUUUCCCAGGCAGACAUUGGCAUCACUCAGGUUCCUUCAGGUGUGUCUGGAGAUGAAUCACAGUCCUCAAAUUUCUGUGGGAAUAUGAGUACACACACUUCUUCUGCUGAAUCCAAGACUUCAGAUUCCAGUGGUGGAUCACAUUCUGGAGGUUCUGACUUUAAUAAUCAGGUCUUGAAAGAUAAAGCAGAUUUAAGCCCAGAGGCUACAUUACACGAUUCAGACUGUCCUGCAGAAAGUGGGACAGUUGAACAUCAACUGGCAGCUGGACCUCCAAAAUUAAAUGCGUUAAGUUUUCAAAGUAUCAGUAUUAUAGAGGAAGAACCUCAACCAAAAGCAUUCAGAAGUGAAAGCCUCGUACCUUGGGACAGAAAUGUUGCCUUGAAAGAUAUUACGAAAUUUCAAUCAACCGCAAUCGUGUCCAGCUUCUUGAAUUCAAACAGGCAGCUGGAUGUUAACAUUUGCCAUGAAUUAUCCAGAGUCAGUGACAGAAUGCACAAUGCAGCUCAGUAUGGACUCUCUGGAAGCACUAUUCAAACUGUACAAUGUGCCAAAGAAAAGAACAUAAUUUCUUGUUCCAAAUCAUCAGUCUUAUCACUAGAGCAGCCAUGCCCCUCUAUUACCCAGAGAACAUUCAUGGAACUUCAGUUGUCUCCAUCACCACUAUUUAAAUAUAAUAAAGAAGUAACUUCAAAACCCUCUAAAGACUCUAAAAUCCAAACAUAUGCAAGAUUAUCAUCUAAACUUUCUCCCAUUUCCAGGGCUGAAAUAACUAAUGGCAUAGCCAAACGUGAAGGCUUUGAUCACACUGAAAAAGCUCAGCUAACCACAGCGGAUGACCCAAAACCAAGUCAAGUUCCGAUGUCAGGCGAGACCUUGAAAUUCAGUACAUCUCGACCAAACUGUCGAACCAUGGAAAGGUGGGGCUUAUCCAAGGAUGUCACCCUGUCUGCAGGCUACAAGCCUUUUUCUGUUCAACAUAAAAUAAAGUCCUAUGAAAGCCUUGCCAACUUGGAUAAACAUGUGGCUAAAAGCAGUAAUGUUCAUACUUUUGCAGUAGCAUAUACAGCCUCACUUAACCAGAGGAUCUCUGGAUAUAUGGACUCGGUUAAUUCUGUUGACAGGCGGGGCCACCAAAGAAAUAGCAGCUCUUACAACAACUGCUUGACAUCAGUAGCAUCCCUCUCCCCUCCUCUUAGAAAAUCUGCAGGGAAUGAAAAUCAGAACGCCCCCGAUGGGACCAUAUCACAUAACACUGUGGUGCUGCGAAAGAAACAUGGUAGACUUCCCACCAGAAUGGUGCAUCAGUCGAGGGCUCUCAGUAUGCCUAAUUUAGAAAAACUAUGCACUGAUGACUUCAGUGGUGGGAAUACCACAGCUGGUAAUAAAAAUGAUCCCAGUGUCUGCUUAACUGUUGCUCCAAAAUCCAACAUGACCAACUGUUUCUCACCAGCUGCAAUGUUUAGCAGUGGUGAUGAUGCGACUUCUGAGAACACUCCUCAGGGACCUUCAGACACCAGACGGCCUGGCUGGUCUAUCAGGUUGAAGGAGCUGGUGGAAUAUCCUGUGAGUCAGCGUAAGCUGCAAACAUUGCUUACCUCCCAGACAGCUCAGUCGUAUGUAAUGAGUUUGCUGGAAGAGACCAAGGCCCACUCUGAGGUAAUAAACAACAACAAUACUCUGCUGGUUGUCCUGAAUAAAGAAGAGGGUGCAGGACUUGGCUUUAGUGUUGCUGGUGGUGCCGACAUUGAUCAGAAGAAAAUAACUGUUCACCAGAUCUUCACCAGGGGAGCAGCUAGCCUUGAAGGAACAAUUCAAAGCGGUGACACCAUUUUAUCCAUUAAUGGAACAAGUUUGAAGGGUAAAUCCCAUGUAGCAGUUGUGUCCUGCCUUCAUGAGGCCAGAUACUCCAAGCAAGCUUUAGUUGUCAUUUGGAGAAAUGAGGAAUGCAAGCGGAACAUCUCUGACAAAGACUGUCGUCUUCAAACAAAAGGAAAUAAGCUUGUGGAGGCAUGUGCUGAUGUUGUUUAGGAACAUAUCUCUGAUAAACCUAUCACUGGUUCUUGAGUUUACUGCCAUCCCUACCAAACUUUAUUGAAAUGGUCUUGUCCAGUGUGUAGAAUGUAGAAGUAUCAGACUAAAUGUUGACCACCACAGCCUACUUUAAAACUGUUAUAAAACAGAAAUGAUUAAAAUCUGGGUUUUAUUCUAUCUUAAUAUAUCAGUUAUAUGUUUGGUAAAAUAAUACCAAACAUAUUAUUUUGAUGGAAUAAUAUGUUCCGUCAAAAUAGAAUGCAUUCUGUUGUCAUUUCUGUUGUCCAGAAAGGACAACAGAAUGCAACACAUUGAAAAUAAACUGCAGGACCUAAUUUGAUUCAGCUUACAUAACACCAAUUUACAGCAAAUGUCAUCUGAAGGCACUUUACAAGAAAAUCAUUUCAAUUGGUCCGAGUAAAAAAACAGUACAGUAUGCUCAUUAAAUUUUUCAAAGUAGAUCAAAAAGCUUCUUUCUAAGAAAACCCAGCAGAUUGCAUUGAGUUGUUAACAUGCAUUAUUCAUUCCUAUUGGAUGAACAUGUAAAGACAAUCGCUUGCAUUGUCUCUAAGUCUCAUAUAGAGCAUGCAUCUAGCAACAGUGGAGAAGAAAAAACCCUGUAAAAGGAAGAAACCUCUAGCAGAACCAUAACCGGGCUAAACACAAGCGCCCAUCUGCCAUGACCGACUAGGGGUUUAACUAGACAAAGCAGAAUGCACAAGAAACAGAUGAACUGAUAUAUGACUGCUUUUGAUGUUCAUAAAAUUGAUAGCAGGAGAGGGAGAACAAUUAGUUAAUAUGAGCAUUAUCUCAGUCGAUGCCGUCCUCCAGGACGGAAUUACAGGCAAUUGGGAUGAAAAACCAGGUGAAGCUUCUAUGAAAAGAAUAUUAACUGACAGAAAAAGGUAACAGUUGAAGUAAGAGCAAAUAAUGCAAAUUGGAGAGGAGCUGAAAAAGAAAGUUAGCAAAAGUGGUCAGUUUGUCCUAAGCCACUGGAGGACAAUGACAAUGCCACAAACAGCAUAGUCUUUUGUUAGUAGUCCAUUGGUAAUGGCCCUACAAACAUUGUUCCAGUUCCGAUUAUUGUUUGUGCUGCUAUUAUCACCUGGAAAAGGCAUUACCUGGAUCUUUAUCUGUCCUGCCUGUUUUUAAAGGAGCAAUACUAAGCAUUUCCACGUUCAUAGUUCCUUUUCAUAGCACAAUCAAGUUACCUUCAGUUAUAAAAAUGCUGUAUAUCAAACAUUAAAAGAAAAUUGACCAUUAAUGAUGCCUUGAUAUCUCUGAGAAGCUCCUGCUCUUACUGACACUCUACAUCAUCACAACAUAGCUCCACUAUUAUGCUAUUUACAACCAUUCUUAGAAGUGUUGUUUGUAUGAUGAACUCAGCAGAUACGCAGCUCCACCUGGUGUUUGCAAAUAGCUCCUGCUGCUAGUCUGGUGGAGCAUUGUGGAUUAUCUGUGGGGUGGAAGUACUCCUGAGUAAUUGCCACAGGAGAUUCAAGGAUUCCUCAAACAUGCAUGAAAGAAUCAAAGCAACAUUCCAGGUAUGUUUUUGACUUUAGACAUAAAAUUAUGUAAGACAUAUUUUCUGUAAGGGGAGCAGGUUUAGCUCUCACAUAUAAACCUUAGUAGCAAGUGCUUCAGUUACAAAGGCUGAAUAUUGAAACUUAUUAGGUAAUUCAAAAUAAUAUUUAUACUGCACCGAGGAAGAGCCAGAAGCCAAUUUUUUUUGAUAUGGGAUCAACCUUUGUAAGAAUUUGGCAGGAACUUUAUAAAUCUGGGUGUUUAGAAUUUAGGUAACAUUGUACUUUCAGCACCAAUGGUUAUUGAUAUGUACACAACAGUCCUGUUACAAAAUUUCAAUUAUUUAAAUUAUAUAACCAACCCUAGAAAUGCAUGUAAGAGCCAACAUAACCCUCUUGCUGCCACAUUUUAAGACUGAUUUAAAUGACAAGAGAGAAAAUUGUGAAUUUAAAUCAAAACAGAAGAAUGAAUUGUUCAAUUAUUUGUGGACCCCCUUUAAUCAUAGAAAUAUAUUUCAAUGGGUAAUACAUUACCCAUUGAACCCUUCACAUGGUUUCUACUGUUGCCAACAUGUAGACACAAGUCAGCAUACAUUCUCUUAAUGUGACCCUCUCAACUAAAAUUCUUAUUGCUAUGUCAUUACAUAGCAAUAAGAAUGUGCAACCCCCUCACCCUAAUGGGUGAGGGGGUUACACAUUUUACAGUCUUUGUUAUUUAGGGCAUAUCAUUUGCAAUAAAUUCUUCAAAUAUAUUUCUUAUGUGACAUAG